GUUAAACAACAAACUUUAAAAUUUUACAAAUAUUUCAGCAUAAUGUAAACAAUGAUGUAAAAAUAUUUUUUGUUCUUAACUGAAAAAUUGGUGCCCUUUCCACAGAACUCAGAUGCCACAAUAGGAAGAAUAGAAUAAUAAUAUUAUUGUUGUUAUGUAUUCGGACCUAAAUAAAGAUAUUAAAGGGUAGUUAUUUCAAGAAGUGUAACCAUGUCUAAACAAAAUGUUAUUUUCCAUCCUAUUAUCAGCUCCAUUCAAAGAAUAGCCCUUUAUGAAACCAAAGCGAGGUUCUACCUUAUUGGGUCAAAUAACACUCAGACUCGAUUUCGUGUUUUGAAAAUUGACCGAACAGACCCCAGGGAAUUAAUAUUAGUUGAUGACAAAGUGGAAUACAACAAGCAAGAGAUACACCAACUUUUAAACAUGAUUGGGUUUGGAAAUAGAGGGUCUCGGAUUGGUCUUGGAUUUAAUAAACUAGUUUCAGCCUUUGGCAUCGUUGGUUUUAUUAGAUUCCUGGAAGGUUACUAUAUUAUAUUAGUAACAAAAAGAAGGAAAAUAGCAGUUAUUGGACCACAUUCAAUAUACAAAAUUGAGGAUACGGCCAUGAUCUACAUUCCAAAUGACAACAACAAACCUCAACAUCAAGACGAGCAGCGUUACGUAAAGAUGUUUAUGGCCAUUGAUUUGUCUACAAAUUUCUACUACAGUUACAGCUAUGAUGUCACUCAUACUCUACAAAUGAAUAUGGCACCGCCUCGAAAGUUAGCCCCAGCUUUGUUCCCUAAACCUGUGACUGCUGCAGUUUAUCAAUCUAGUAUUACUUCAAAUGAAAACCAGGCGUGCACUUGUAAUACUCAAGAUGAUGAUGAAGACAUAUUUGAAACAUGGAAGCAGCAGAUGAAGCAACGAAAAGAAAAAAUGGGAUUAUUAUCAACAAAGCUAGAAUUUGGAGUUAGAACAGUUCCAGAGUGGAGAUUUGUGUGGAACAGCCAUUUGUUGUCUGUGGUACAUUCACAAUUACAUCCUGACUGGAUUCUCUAUAUUGUCCAUGGCUUUGUUGAGCAAAGUAAUUUGAAUAUAUUUGGCAGACCAAUAUACUUGACACUUAUUGCAAGGAGAAGUAACAGAUAUGCAGGGACAAGGUUUCUUAAGAGAGGUGCUAAUAUACAUGGCGAUGUUGCAAAUGAGGUUGAGACAGAACAAAUUGUUCAUGAUUCAAUGAUCUCAUCAUUUUCAUCGGGAAGGUUCAGUUCUUUUGUACAAAUGAGAGGUUCAAUACCAUGUUUUUGGUCUCAAGACAUAUCAAAAAUGGUACCAAAGCCUGCUAUAUCUAUUGACAGGGGUGACCCAUUUGCAGAAAUACCGGCAAAACAUUUCAACAAUCUGAUGCAGCGAUAUGGAUCACCAAUCAUGAUAUUGAAUCUGGUGAAGAAGAGGGAGAAAAAGAAGCAUGAGUCAUUGUUAACAGAAGUUAUAAGUAAUGCUGUUAAGUAUCUUAACCAAUUCCUACCACCUGAGCAUUGUAUACAAUACUUCCACUUAGAUAUGGCAAGGAUUAAUAAAGGGGCAGAUGCGAAAGUUCUCGAUAAGCUUUCAGCCAUAGCUCGCACUGUGGUGAAGCGUACGGGGAUAUUCCUCAGCUUUAAGGGCUAUGGCGAGGAGAUGGGUGUGGACGGACAUCAGAAUGGUCGCCUUCAGACCGGCAUUGUGCGGGUCAACUGCGUGGACUGCUUGGACAGGACCAACACUGCACAGUUUGCCAUUGGGAAGUGUGUUCUGGCAUAUCAGUUACACGCUCUGGGUGUGAUCGCCGAGCCAGUGAUAGAGUUUGACUCGGACUGCGCGCGUCUCCUCGAGUGUCUGUAUGAAGAUCACGGCGACACGUUGGCAUUGCAAUAUGGCGGCUCACAACUGGUGCACAGAAUCAAGACAUACCGCAAGACAGCGCCGUGGUCUUCGCAUGGUAACGAUAUCAUGCAGACAUUGAGUCGGUACUAUUCGAACACUUUUUCUGACGCUGAGAAACAAAAUACAAUGAAUCUGUUCCUUGGCUUGUUUGUGCCCGACCCGAGCAGGCCCGCUAUAUGGGAAUACCCCAGUGACUAUUACUUACAUCAUCCAGAGACUAUGGUCUAUAUUCGGAAUAGAAGAUCACUAACAAAAUGGUGGGAUGACGACGUGGUACGUUAUCUGCCGCGGCCAUGCAAUGAGAUGCGGAAGCUGUGCUGCGAGAUCAUCGGCAUGCAAGGAGACUCUGUGCUCGAGAUGCUAGACCCGUAUCAGGAGUACCACCGCCCCUUCGAAUAUACCGUCUUCAUGGAGUGCUUCGAAUUUAAGAUGUGCCACACGCUGCGGGAUAUCGCUCCGGCGUUCAUCGACAACCCGAGUCCGUUCGUGGUACGGGGGCGGGGACCGACCGCCGGGGCGAAGGGACCCGCUUCCAAGAACCCGGUGAUCAGCGGACGCUCCAGUACGGCGUCUAAUAAUUCCAGCGAGUAAGUUUUUUUUUAUGAA